AUGUCGUUAAAUGGAAGAGCCAAACUUAUAAGUUUUUUAUUCUUAGCAGCAGGGGGUACGUAUUACAUAUAUACAUAUAAAAAGAAAGAAAUAAAAGAAUUUUUGAAUAAUAUAUUUUUUAAUAAGAAGAAGAAAAAAAAGAAAGGUUUAAAUAAAGGCAAACGAAAAGAAAAGAAAUUAUAUAUUAAUAAUGACAUAAAUGACAAUAAAUAUUGUGAUAAUAGUGAUAUGUGUUCUUCACAUUCUUUUUAUUCCUCUGAUGUCGAUGAAGAAAAUAAAUAUUUAUUAGAUGAAAUUCUGAAUCUACACAAGAGUAGUAUAUCUUAUAUAAGUACAGACAAUGACGUGGAAAGUAAUAAAGAAUAUGAAAGAGUAAAAAAUGAAAACAUAAAUAAAAAUGUAGACAUAUUUAAUAAGAAUAAUAUGAAUAAUAUGAAUAAUAUGAAUAAUAUGAAUAAUAAGAAUAAUAAGAAUAAUAUGAAUAAUAUAAAUAAUUUUAGUAGUGGAGAGGAUAGUAUAUCAGAUGUAGAAGAUAUUAAUAACUUGAAUGAAAGAACAAAUUAUAAGUUUAUACAAAUGAAAAAUAAAAAAAAAAAAUAUAUGAAUAAUAAUUCAAAAAAUAUGAAUAAUAAUUCAAAUAAUUAUAUACAUGAUAAAAAACAAAACAAAACAAACAUAAUAAAUGAUGACGAUUCUUCAAAUAGUAACAAUAACACAAUUGAUAAUAAUAAUAUUAUUAUACUACCAGAAAAUUAUAAAAUAUAUUUUAAAUCUUUUGGAUGUGCUCAUAAUAGUUCAGAUUCUGAAUUUAUGAUGGGGUUACUAGCCAAUUAUGGUUUUCAGUUUGUAAAGAAAAUUGAAGAAUGUGACAUAUGUAUUGUCAACAGUUGUACUGUCAAAAAUCCUAGUGAAGAAAGUAUGAAGACGAUUAUUAAUUAUGUAAAAAAAUUAAAUAAUAAUAAUAAAAAAAAAAAAAAAAAGAAGGAACAAAAUAAAGAACAAAAAGAAAAAAAAGAAAAAAACGUAGAUGAAAAAUAUGACUUGGAAUGCUUAUCAACAUCUUCAUCUGGUUUUUCAGAUGUAGACCAUGAAUAUUGUUAUGAGAAAGGAUAUCAAAACGAAUCAGCUGAAUGUGUUACGAGUAAAAAGAUUAGUAUUCCUCACGAUAAUAAUAAAAAGGAUCAUUGUGAUGAUUUUAAAUUUGAUAAUAAUAUAUGUUGUUCACAAAAUAAGAAUCUGGUUACAAAUAAUGAAAGUGAUUUAUUGAAGGCAACAACAUGUUGUUCAUCGAAUGUGGGGAAUAAUACAUGUGCAUGCGAAGAGGAAAUUAAAGAAGAGAAUCACAUAAAUAAAGAAAAUAAAGAUGUACAUCAAGAUGAAAAUCAUGAUAUAAAUAUACAUCAACAUGAAAAUCAUGAUAUAAAUAUACAUCAACAUGAAAAUCAUGAUAUAAAUAUACAUCAAUAUAUACACCCAGAUCAACAUAAUGAUGAUAACUCCCUCUUUAAAGUUACCAAUAAAGAUGAGUGUGUCCUUAGAAGUAAUAACAAUGAUCAAAAUGCAGUAUCAGAAAAAAAUAAAAAAAAUAUUGAGCCAAAGAAUAUAAAGAUCAUUGUAUGUGGGUGUGUGCCACAAGCAGAAAAAGACAUGGAAGUAUUUGAAAACGUAUCACUUGUUGGUGUAAACAAUAUUGAUAAGAUAGUAGAUGUUGUAGAAAAUGUUAUAAAUGGUUAUCAUGUAAAAUAUUUGAAGACAUCAAAAAAAAUGACAUCUUUAAACAUGCCAAAAAUUAGAAAAAAUAAAUAUAUAGAAAUAAUAAAUAUAAAUAAUGGUUGUUUAGGUAAUUGUACGUACUGCAAAACAAAAUUUGCUAGAGGUGAUUUAUCAAGUUAUAAUAUAAGAGAGAUAACUGAUAGAAUUAGAUAUGUAUGUAAUGAAGAAAAUAUAAAAGAAAUAUGGUUAACAUCAGAAGAUACAGGAGCAUAUGGUAUAGAUAUAAAUACAAAUAUAGUAAAUUUAUUAAAAGAUAUUUUAAAAAGUAUAGAAGAUACAAAUGUAAUGAUACGUUUAGGUAUGACAAAUCCACCAUAUAUAUUAAAACAUAUAAAAGAUAUAUGUGAAUUAUUAAAACAUAAAAAUAUGUAUGAAUUUAUACAUAUACCUGUUCAAAGUGGAAGUAAUAAUGUAUUAAAAAAUAUGAAUAGAGAAUAUACAAUAGAAGAUUUUAUUUUUCUAAUACAAAAUUUAAGAACAUAUAUACCUAAUAUAACUAUAUCAACUGAUAUUAUAUGUGGAUUUCCUUAUGAAACUGAACAAGAUCAUCAAAAUACUGUAGAUUUAAUUAAACAGUUCCAAUUCCCUAUUUUAAAUAUUUCUCAAUUCUAUCCAAGAAGAGGAACUGUAGCAUAUAAUAUGAAAAAAAUUAAUACUAAAGUUGUAAAAAAUAGAUCAAGAGAUGUUACUAAUGCAUUCUUAUCAUAUCAACAUAAUUAUAAAUUCUUAGAAAAUACUAUACAACAAAUUCUAUUUACAGAAAUAUCCUCAAAAAGUCAACACAUCAUAGGUCAUACAAAACAAUAUGUUAAAGUUUUAUUAUCAAAUGAAAAUAAUAAAAAUAUAAAACUACUAGGAAAUUUUGCCACUUGUAAAAUUUUAUCAACACAUAAAUGGCACGUCCUCGCUGAAUUAAUUGAAUGA